UUGGUCAACAGGGCGGGCUUCUGAUGAAGGGACAGCUGUAGGAAAGAUGGCGGCUAUUCUGGGACUCUCUUGGUUGCAGCGGUGGCGGCGGCGUUUGUUGGCUCGAGACGUGUCCAAGAUCUUGCUUCUUCUCCUUUUGGUGGGGUCUGGGCAGGGGCCACGACAAGUUGGGGCGGGUCAAACGUUCGAGUACUUGAAACGGGAGCACUCGCUGUCGAAGCCCUACCAGGGUGUGGGCACAAGCAGUUCCUCACUGUGGAAUCUGAUGGGCAAUGCCAUGGUAAUGACCCAGUAUAUACGUCUUACUCCAGAUAUGCAAAGUAAACAGGGUGCCUUGUGGAACCGAGUGCCAUGCUUUUUGAGAGACUGGGAGUUGCAGGUGCAUUUCAAGAUCCAUGGACAAGGGAAGAAGAAUCUUCAUGGGGACGGCUUGGCAAUAUGGUACACAAAGGAUCGAAUGCAGCCAGGGCCUGUGUUUGGAAACAUGGACAAAUUUGUGGGGCUGGGAGUAUUUAUAGACACCUACCCCAAUGAGGAGAAGCAGCAAGAGCGGGUAUUCCCUUACAUCUCCACUAUGGUGAACAACGGCUCCCUCAGCUAUGAUCAUGAGCGGGAUGGACGGCCCACAGAGCUGGGGGGCUGCACUGCCAUUGUUCGCAAUCUCCACUAUGACACCUUCCUGGUGAUUCGCUACGUCAAGAGGCAUCUGACCGUAAUGAUGGAUAUUGAUGGCAAGCAUGAGUGGAGGGACUGCAUUGAGGUGCCUGGGGUCCGUCUGCCCCGGGGAUACUACUUUGGCACUUCCUCCAUCACUGGGGAUCUCUCAGAUAAUCAUGAUGUCAUUUCCCUGAAGUUAUUUGAGCUGACAGUGGAGAGGACUCCAGAAGAAGAAAAGCUGCAUCGAGAUGUGUUCCUACCCUCAGUGGACAAUAUGAAGCUGCCUGAGAUGACAGCUCCACUGCCUCCCUUGAGUGGCCUGGCUCUCUUUCUCAUCGUUUUCUUCUCCUUGGUGUUUUCUGUAUUUGCCAUUGUUAUUGGCAUCAUACUCUACAACAAAUGGCAGGAACAGAGCCGAAAGCGGUUUUACUGAACUCUGCUGUUGGUACCCUGUCUGUGACUAUCACCCAUGAAGUGUGGGAAUAGCAGGUACUGGCCUGAGCACACAGCCUGGCAGAUCUACUUCAGACCGCAGCAACUUGUCAGGAACUGUGUCCAUCACUGGCGUUUGAAUGCAAGCACCCUUUAUCCCCAGGGACAUCUAACUGGUCCAGGAAGUCACCCAUCUAGGGCAGUGCUGCUGUGAUGUGCCUUUCCCUGAAGUCCUCUUCCACUUGGAAAUUUAGAGUUGUGAAGAGAAUACAUACAUAUUCUGAUGCCAAAAUCGCAGAACAGAAUUGGAUAAUCUGGACAUGGACUGGACUCAGCAGGCCUUUCUACUCUUUUUAAGUCAACAAAUAGAAAACCAGAACUCAUACCUUCUGGAUAUCCAUUUAUUGGUUUUUGCUUUUUGCACAUGCUUCUUUUUGAGAUUUCCUUGGAGAUCUGAAUGGAAACAUCUUCUUGCCUCCCUUUCUGCCUCCAUUCACUGUCUUCUCAAUGUGACAAAUACCCAAAAUACAUUUGGGUAUUUUUUUUGUUGGGUUCUGGAGCUCUAGAACAAACUUAGGUUUCACCGAUCCUCAUUAGGUGGACCUAGGGCUCUUUGCUUUUUAGCCUGUUGCUCCAGCCUCUCUUCUCUAGCCAGGUUCUUGAGUCUUGUUGUGUCUGCGGCCUUCCUAUCCGAUCCCUCAGGCCCUUGGUGAAGACUGAAGUCCUUGUGCAAGUUAAGAGAAGCUUGGGAGACUUCAUAGGUGCCAUGAGAUUAACUGUGAAACUGAUGAGUUCUAGGUUUGACUCAGAGUGAACAUUUGUCAUUUGCUCUAAUCAGGUGGAGGUAUUUCUGGACAUAGUGUAUCCACUUAAACUGCAUGUUUUUUGUUUAUCAUGGUUUUUGGAAUCUCACUUUGAACAUUGGAAGUAUAAAGAAGCUCUUAUUAUUACUUGGUUUUGGACACUCCCCCAAGAAGAAAUUUGGCUCCUUUGUCCUGAUGGAGAAGAAACAGCUGCUGUUUUAUGUUGCAAGAAUGGGAGCAAAUGGCCUUUAUCCUGUGCCUGGAAGAGUUUGUGGUAAUUGAGCAGAACAGCCUGAGUACUGUUUUUGUGUCAGCCCUUAUUUCAAUGCCUUAUCUGAAAGGAGUCACACGCUGCUCACCUGUCUGCCCUGUGAUUAAAUGGUUAGAAGCUAGUGUUUCCCUAGAGGACAUGAAACUGAACUUUCUUCUGGGCCUGUGUAGCCUAAGAAAAUUCUUAAAGUGGCUGAUAUAACCAAUCAUGA